UAUUACAGAAAUAUUUGCAAAAUGCUAGUGGAAUGGCUGCCAUAUUGAGGUGCAAGGUGGAGCUGUAGAAAGCGGAAAUUAGCUUAUUAAAGUUAACUUGAAUAGCAGUUCUUUUUUGUGAUGACUUUAUAAUUUAUACAACCAAAACACUCUGAUCAGUUAAUGGAAACUUCUUCUCGUUCGUGGAACAAGCCUUGUUUAUAGGAGGUCGCAGGAUGCCGUUCCCCCCUCCACCACCACCGCCGGGCCCGCCUCCACCCCCAUCGUUUGCUCCUGCCCCUCCGCCUGCAGCAGCCUCUGAUGGACGGGGCCUUCUGCUGCAGAGUAUCCGACAAGGGGCCACUCUACGCAAGACUGUCACCAACGACAAGAGUGGACCGUUUAUUGCUGGGACCACACGACCGUCGAGUGGGAGUAGUGGCAGCAGUGGAGGCAGUUCAGGUGGCGGUGUUGGUAGCAGUCCCCGCAGUAAUGGGAUAGUCAAUGGCUCAGCCACGUUGGGACGUAACAACGGACUGGCCGGCUUGUUCGCCCAGGGAAUGCCCAAACUGAAGCCAACAGGAGUUGAUAUUGGUCAAAACAACUCUCAGUCUCUUACGUCUCUGCCCUCUGCAACUAGCACUUCAGGAAAAACAGACCAACCAAGGAAGCAGUUCAACGUAGACAUAAAAAAUCGAGGUCCUCCUCCCAAGCCACCACCUGCUAAUCAGAAGCCUACCAUGCCUCAGAGUACGUCAGACUCGGUUCUGACAGGACCGAUACACAACCGGUCCAAUAGCACGACCAGUCUUAAUAGCAACAAUGGCUCGUGGCAGGCGGCUCCGCGAGCAAUGAAAGCACCUCCAGGUGGCCACGGGAAGCCCAACGUGGCACCCAAGCCACCAGGCUAUGUCGCCAAGAGUCCUGGCAAGUUAACCAAUGGACGGCCUAGUGUGACUAGAGCUCAGAGUAUGAGGGCACCUCGCUCUCCACCCGUCGCCCCUCCAGGACAAAUGCCCUUGUUACCAAACCAAAGUGAGCUGUACAGAGGGGCGCCGAUGUUCCAUCAGUCACAGGACUCGUUGCUAGCCACUCCUCCUCCGCCCAAGCACCACACGCUGCCGUCACCUCGGGGGGCCCCGCCACACAGACCACUGAGGCCCCCGCAGACCCGCCCGCCUCCUCCCCCUCCCAACAAGGUGGUGAUGAGCAGCCCUCCACCACCUCCGCCUACACAGGCACCUCCCCCACCACCUCACAGAGUGCCUCCACUGAUGCAUAGGAUACCUGCCCCGCCACAGGCUGCGAGUCCGGCCCCCCCUCCACCACCUGCAAGGCACUCAUCCAUGCGCAACGGACUCCCUCCCAGCUUCUCAAGCAAGUUGGAGGCAAGGUUCUUCGAAAAGUUCCACAUGAGAGAAGAGUUCUCCCCUCCACAACCUUUCUUGAACCUCAGUAAAGUCUACAACAGCAGAACAGCCAAACAGCCGGCGCCGCAACCACCCCAAAACCAACACAUCCAGCUUCAAUGGCCGAGAGAUAACAGUUCCACUUGCUAGCGACUCAUCAACUUAGCUCCACCCCUCUUGCUCAAUCAGGGUAACCCCUUGCCUCUCUUCCUCAUCUGUCUUCUAUCUAGCAUACAUUGUUAUUGACCUUGUUAUCACAGUUCCUCAUGUAUUGAGAGUGUGCUUUGUUAAUUGACCAUUUGAGGGUUUUGUUUAACAUGUUAGUUUUCAUCUAUAUAAUCAUCAUAGUUCCAUUUCCAAAAUAAGUGUUUUCUCUCAAGAUGAAUUUACAAAAAUUUUAAAAGGAAAUACAAGUAAAUAUACAUUGCAAUAAAUCAAUAAAUAAUCUUACUUGUACACUCUUACUACAUGGGAAGAACUUAAAAAUGUUACCUAAACAAAAAAAAUGGUAUUUUGAUUAAUAAUUUAGUUUUUAGGAUUUAUUUCAGAUUAUGUUAUUUAUUAUAUUUUUUCCUACCACUGCAUGGAAAUGGUCACAUUACCAUACCCAAAAUAGCUUAUUGUCGCCCUAGAGCGGGAAUGGAUCAUUCCCGCUAAUUAAAUCAGCUGAUUUCACAGUUGUCGUUUCUACACCAACCACAGCCGUGGAUCAGGUAUGUUAGUUAACAACCCUUAAGCAAAUAACCUAAACUUAAAAAGCAAACAUAACCUAAAUUACAUUUUAUAUACAUCUAAAAGUUCAUCUGUGUAUAGGUUCCCAUAAGUCAGUAAUGGUGGUAGGAAAAAUCUUAUGUGUAUUGCAAGCAAAAACAGCUCUUUAACACAUAGUUAUUUCAAUAAAUUUGUUCCUUGUUUAUCCAACUAUUGCUGGGCCUAAAGGCCAAAACCAUAUGUUUUGUGACUUGAUUAGUAUUUUUACAUUUAUUUUUACUAAAAAUUUUUGUGGCCUUCAUUGGGCCUGUUUAGUCAGAUGUGCUUUUGUUCAGAUGGCUUUUUAUUUACAUUUCCCUUGUAAAUGUUUUGUUGAACAAUAAUAGUUAUUUUAACAUGUUUUAAAAGGAAACAAAGUUUUUGUCUUACCUACAUCUAUUGAAUAAAUUUAUUAGUUUAUGAUCUUUGAUAAAAUAAUGCCAAGUUUCUUACACAUUGGAUAAAGAAGGUAAGAUAAACAUUUUAGUUUUUGAAGUUAUUCAUAUUCAUCAAUAUAGUCCUAGUUAUUUAAAUUAACAUUAUAUAAAAUUUCUCAUUAUGUUUUUCUAUAUUUUGUUUAAACUUUUUUAAUUUAAUCUAAAAUUAUACAAAUUAUUACUCGAGUGCAGAUUAACUGCUAAAUCGAGGGAUGUGUCUGUUUUCAUUGUUUAAUUAUAUUAUUAAACUAUAUUUGGGUUGUUACGAGACAUAAAACGUUAUUUCUUUGGUAGUAAAAUGUGGAUUUCAGUUUUAAUACAACAAAAUGCAUCUGUUUUAUCCUUGCAGUGGAACAAAAGUAUUACUACAGUAUGUUCAUUUUAACAUUCUCCACAAGACUGCAAACAAUAGUAUUCAACUGACCUGCUUAUUGUUGUUUUAAAUUUGGUUUAGGUUAACUUUUCCUUUGUAUUUUUAUAACACUAUCCAAUGCACUUUUAUUUAAACAAUUUAUUCAUAUUAUUUCAUUUACCAACAUGUAGGUUAAAAGAUAUAUUAGGUAUAUAUUUAUUAAAAUUUUAUAUAUUAUUUAUAUUUUAGUUUAACCAAUUUAUUAAAAGUAUGCUCAAAAAGAGUGCUGGAAAUAUUGUCAGAGAAUCAAAGUUCUCAUGAUUCAAUUAAUUUUAGGCUCUCUGAUAAUUCCAAGAUUUUAAAUUGACAUUUGGAAGGUAGUUUAGUCUUGCUUUGCCUUUUAGCUUUAUAUAAGAUUUUGGCUCAUCGUUUAUAAUUUUAAAUGCAUUAAUUAAUCAAACUAAUUUAUUUUAUUUUACCAAUGGAUUAGUUUUAAAUUUAUUAACAUUUAGAAUACAUGAUGGACAUUUGAUCAUGCGACAGAACGGCCACUAGUGGUUUUAUAGUUAAGAAAAACAUAAUUUGUGAUAACAUUAUAUCAGUACAUAAUUAUUUAGUAUUAAACUCUUUAAACUCACUUAAUAUACCUCCUAUAUAGGAAAGUAUGUCAUUUACUUUUUCACUAUCCCUAUUUAUUUCUUCUGUAUUUAUUUUACGUUUCUUCUUAGCUGUUUGGUAGCUUAUUGUUUGUUGUGUUUUAGGUUGGUAUAUAUAUUAUAAUUGAGGGUUUGAGAGUUUUUUUGAAGGUUGUGUAAAAUUUUGUACUUAACCAUGAAACUUUAUUUUGUUUGUGUAACAUUUAUUAAUUAUUUUACACUCGGACAACAACGUUGUUGUUUUGUAAACUAAGUUAACCUAGUCAGCAAUUUAUCGAGACACCAGGCAGUGAAGUGCAUGUCUUUCUAAGAACUCUUAUUUUCAUCACACUUUUUAUUUUACUUGACCCUGUCUUCCACUUGAAUCAUGUAUAUCUAAGAUAGCAACUUUUAUUAAUAUUCAAACCAAACUAAUAAUAUAAUCACUUUUUCUUUGUUAGAAGAGACAUUGCAUAUUUUUCUGCCCUGGGCAGUGCCUGUAAUAGUAUUUGUAACAUUAUUAUAAUAUUAAUUGUACAUAAAUAGCAGUAAAUAAUACUUGUUAUCAGUUUAACUGUAAAUACUAAAUUGUAAAUGUGUAUAAAACACCGAUAUCGUCUACCAAGAAUGUAUAUUGCAUACACUAGGGCAGAUAAUCAUAGUCUUAGGUUAUGGAAAUAUGUUGAUUUAAUAAUAACAGUUGUGUUAUAAGUU